AAAAGCCCUUGAAGAGCACAGUUUGGGGGCCUUCACGCUGGUCUUCAAGGACCAGGCUUGUGGAGCGGGGCCUUUGCCAGCCGCCGGCUUCCCUUCCCUCCCCUCCCUUCAACGCUUAGCCUCCUUCCCAGAAUCCCUUUCGUUUCGGGACUGGGACGCGACGUCUUCUUUGGCGGCAGAGGGCUGCGCAAAAUGGCGGCCGACAGUGAACCGGAAUCCGAAGUCUUCGAGAUCACCGACUUCACCACCGCCUCCGAAUGGGAGAGGUUUAUUUCCAGAGUUGAAGAGGUUUUGAAUGACUGGAAACUUAUUGGCGUUUCAUCAGGCAAACCUUUGGAAAAGGGUGUAUAUACCACUGAAACAUGGGAGGAGAAAUCAGAUGAGAUUGCUUUUGCUGAUUUCCGUUUCUCUGUAACGCAUCAUUACCUUGUGCAAGAAUCCAGUGACAAGGAUGCAAAAGAAGAACUAGUGGAAGAUGCUCUUCCAGUUGCUAUGCAGGAUCUUCUCUGUAUGAAUAAUGAUUUUCCUCCCAGAGCUCACUGCCUAGUGAGAUGGUAUGGUCUGCGUGAAUUUGUAGUUAUUGCACCAGGAGCAAACAAUGACGCAAUUCUUAGUGAAUCGAAAUGUAAUCUCCUUCUGAGUUCAAUUUCUAUUGCGUUGGGGAACACAGGAUGCCAGGUGCCAGUAUUUGUGCAAAUUCAUCACAAGUGGCGAAGAAUGUAUGUUGGAGAGUGUCAGGGUCCUGGAGUCAGAACAGAUUUUGAAAUGGUUCAUCUUCGCAAAGUGCCCAGUCAGUAUACUCAUUUAUCAGGACUUUUGGACAUCUUCAAAUCAAAGAUUGGCUGCCCAUUAACUCCUUUACCUCCAAUAACCAUAAGCAUUAGACUUACAUAUGUGCUUCAGGACUGGCAGCAGUAUUUUUGGCCUCAACAGCCACCAGAUAUUGAUGCUUUAGUUGGAGGAGAAGUUGGAGGCCUUGAAUUUGGAAAGUUGCCAUUUGGCGCUUGUGAGGAUCCUAUCAGUGAACUCCAUUUAGCAACUACAUGGCCUCAUCUAACAGAGGGCAUAAUUGUAGAUAAUGAUGUUUAUUCAGACUUGGAUCCUCUUCAGGCACCUCAGUGGUCUGUAAGAGUUAGAAAAGCUGAUAAUCCACAAUGCUUAUUGAGUGAUUUUGUUACUGAAUUUUUCAAACUCUGUCGUCGAAAAGAAUCAACAGAUGAGAUUCUAGGAAGAUCAGCAUUUGAAGAAGAAGGCAAAGAUGCUGAUAUAAGCCAUGCUUUGUCAAAGCUCACGGAGCCAGCACCAGUCCCAAUCCAUAAACUGUCAGUGACAAAUAUGGUUCAUACUGCAAAGAAAAAGAUUCGUAAACACAGAGGCAUAGAUGAGUCACCAUUAAAUAAUGAAGUCCUCAAUACUAUCCUAUUGUGCUUAUUCCCUGAUGCUGCUGACAAAUUGACAGAUGGAUCUGAAGCACGAACUAGUACAUCAGCAGGAAGCCUUCCUCCCCCAGAUAAUGAAGACUAUAAUCUCUACAUCCAGUUCAAAUCUGCUCCUUCAGAUAGUCUGACUUACAAAUUGGCCCUCUGUCUUUGUAUGAUCAACUUUUACCAUGGUGGGGUCAAAGGAGUUGCACAUCUCUGGCAGGAAUUUGUCUUGGAAAUGCGUUUCAGGUGGGAGAACAACAUCUUUAUCCCAGGGUUAGCCAGUGGUGCUCCAGAUCUGAGAUGUUGUUUACUUCAUCAGAAACUCCAGAUGUUAAAUUGUUGCAUAGAAAGAAAGAAGGCAAGAGAUGAAGGGAAAAAAGUAAAUUCUGAUCGCUCUUCUGGUGACACUGGAAAACCUGACAGUUCAAAAGAGAGUGAUAAGGAAAAAGGAGAAGUAGGAAAAUCUUGGGAAUCCUGGAGUGACAGUGAAGAAGAAUUUUUUGAAUGCCUGAGUGACACAGAGGACCUUAAAGCAAAUGGACAAGAAGGUGGGAAGAAAGGGAUUGCAAAAGAUGGCAGCAAAGAGACUCUAGCAUUAAAGCCAGAAGGUCGACUACAUCAACAUGGCAACUUGACUUUGCUUCAUCCUGGAGACCCUCUCUAUGUUCCAAUAACACAGGAACCAGCUCCUAUGACUGAGGAUCUGUUAGAAGAACAGUCUGAAGUUCUGGCUAAACUGGGAACAUCAGCAGAAGGAGCCCAUCUUCGAGCUCGUAUGCAGAGUGCCUGUUUACUCUCUGAUAUGGAAUCUUUCAAGGCAGCCAACCCUGGUUGUUGUCUGGAGGAUUUUGUGAGAUGGUAUUCACCUCGGGAUUACAUUGAGGAAGAAACUGUGGAUGAAAAGGGAGACAUAGUAAUUAAGGGCGAGCUGAGUGCCCGAAUGAAGAUCCCAAGCAAUAUGUGGGUUGAAGCAUGGGAAACAGCAAAGCCAAUACCCGCAAGGAGGCAACGGCGACUUUUUGAUGACACUCGUGAGGCAGAGAAGGUGCUACAUUAUUUAGCAGUUCAGAAACCUGCAGAUCUUGCAAGGCAUCUUCUGCCUUGUGUCAUCCAUGCAGCUGUACUCAAGGUAAAGGAAGAAGAAUCAAUAGAAGACAUUUCUUCAAUAAAGAAGAUAAUUAAGCAGAUAAUCACCCAUUCUAGUAAAGUACUCCGGUUUCCAAAUCCAGAGGACAAAAAACUUGAAGAAAUCAUUGGUCAGAUUAUGAGUGUGGAAGCCACUAUUGCCCGUGCAAGGUCACUGAAAGCAAAAUUUGGCAUAGAGAAGUGUGAUCAAGAAGAGGAACGCAAAGAUCUAGAAAGAUUUGUGAAUUCUUUUCUGGAACAGCCAGAAGUCACAGUCAUCGGUGCUGGAAGAGGUCCUGCUGGUAUUAUAAUUCACAAGCUUUUUGUGAAUGCUCAGAGGCUGACUGAAUCUCCUGAGGAGAUUGCUGCAGUGAUGCCCCUUGAAGAUGAACUCAAGAGAUCUGGCUCCAUGGAUGAGAAACGUUUGAACUCUGGAACAGCUGCAGACUUUCCACCCCCAGCCGGGCGCGAGGUCAUUUUACGCACCACUAUUCCACGGCCUGCUCCUUACUCUAAAGCUCUGCCUCAGAGAAUGUACAGUGUUCUUACAAAAGAGGAUUUCCGACUGGCUGGUGCCUUCUCAUCUGAUACAACAUUCUUCUAAUGUCAUUAUCUACUGAACUGUGCUGAUGUAGUUUUUCCAUGGAAUUCUAUAUCUGCCCAGUUCUUUAAAGAUGAGGAUAAUUCUUUUUUUUGUAAAUUAGUAAUAAUGAAAUUCCUACCAAAUUAAAAUGUUGAACAUUUUCUCAUCAGAUUUUGGUAGAAUCUGAGAGUAUUCCUUGCUGCCCAGUUUCUGUGGAGACUGUCUAGCUGCUGGUGUUAAGAGGGCCUUCCUGGGAUGUUGACCAGGAUUACUCAUUUACAUCUACCCAAUGCAUUCCAGUUCAGCAGAUCUGCUUACACUGGAGAACAAAAAAUAGGAGAACUAUAUUAAUCUUGUGUAAAAUUUAAGUAUGGUGGUACUAGUAGACUUCCAUGGCAUUUUUGUGAAUGCUUGUCUGGUUCAAUUUUAAAGUGAGCAUUACAUAAACUGGUUCAAGCUAUUUAAAAGUGCAUAUAAAACUUAAUAAAAUGCAUCUUAUUUGUGGUCUAGAUUGCUGUAUACCUUACUUAAAAAUGGGCCAAAACCUUCCUUUAUAUAGUAUGACAGGAUUACUGUACCAGAGCACACCACCAGAAUUCUUGCCAUGGGAUGAACUGUAUUUAAACCCUGUGGAGUAGUAGCUUUGGACAUUAUACAUGUACCGAAAAGAAAGAAUAAAGGAUUAUUUUAAGUG